AAGAACUUGUGCAUAUACUUGGAUGCAAGAAAAGCCAUGGACAGGUUGUUAUACCCAUUUUUUAUCGCAUAGAUCCAUCGGAUGUACGAAAACAGCAGGGAACUUAUGCACUUGAAGAUCGUCCACUUAAGCGCAGUAGGGAUGAGGUGGCCAACUGGAGGGCUGCUUUGGAGGAAGCAGCCAAUAUGUCUGGGUUUCAUUAUUCCAGCAAAACAGGGACAGAGGCCCAUUUUGUUGAGAAAGUUGCUCAAGUUGUUUUGACCAAAUUGAAUCGCGAAUCGUCAAGUGAUUUAAAGGGUCUGGUUGGGAUUGAAAAGAAAAUUGGGAAAAUUGAGUCGUUAUUAUGCUUGGGUUCACCAGGUGUUUGCUGUGUAGGUAUUUGGGGCAUGGGUGGUAUUGGCAAGACCACCCUUGCUGAUGCUGUAUUUCACAGGCACUCAUCUAAAUUUGAAGUUUGUUGUUUUCUUGCAAAUGUGAGGGAGAAAUCAGAAAAAAUGGAUGGACUAAAUGACUUGCGAAAUACACUUGUUCGUGAAUUAUUAAAGGAUGAACGUGUAAAUAUCAACACUCUGUCUAUACCACGUCAUAUUCAAGAUAGGCUCAGGCGUACGAAGGCGCUCAUUGUUCUUGAUGAUGUGAAUGCUCGAAAACAACUAGAAUAUCUUGUUGGUGAUGAUGAUCGGUUUUGCCAAGGAAGUCGAAUCAUUAUAACUUCUAGAGAUCAAGGCCCACUUAAGCAAAGAGUUGACCGUGAAAAGAUAUACGAAGUUGAGAGAUUAGGUUCUUAUGAAGGUCUUGAGCUCUUUCACUCGCAUGCUUUUGGAAAUAAGUCUCCGACAACAGAUUACACUGAGUUGUCAAGAGAGGUGGUGGAUUAUAUUAAGGGCAUUCCAUUAGUUCUUGAAGUUAUAGGGUCCUUAUUCAGUGGUCGCACGAACAAACAACAGUGGGAAGCUGAAUGGAAAAAAUUGAAACAAUUUUCAAACAAACAAAUCGAUCAAAUGUUGAGAGUAAGUUACGAUGGAUUAGGAGAACAUGAGAAGGAGAUAUUUCUUGAUAUAGCAUGUUUUCAUAAAGGCUAUAUGAGGAAUGAUGUAGAAAGGAUGUUAGACAGUCGUGAUUUCUUUGGGGAAACAGGAAUCAAUGAUCUUAUUGAUAGGUCUCUUAUAUCAAUUUCAAAAGAAGGAUGGUCAAAAGGUCGGAUAGAGAUGCAUGAUUUGGUGCAAGAAAUGGGUAGGACAAUUGCUCGAGAACAACACAGUAGGUUGUUUACUGCAGAGGAUGUCUAUCAAGUAUUGACAAAUAACCAGAGAGAUGGACGUGUUCAAGCCAUAUCCUUUGACUUGUCUAAGAUUGAAAAGCUACACUUGAAAGAUGCAAACUACGAACAGAUGCAUCAACUAAGAUGGCUACGUGUCAGUUCAUCUCCCAUUUUCAACAAAUACCAGUUCACUGGUUCUCUAGGUCUUCCCAAUUCUCUUAUAUAUCUUCACUGGUACAAAUAUCCUUUGAAAUCUUUGCCAUCAAAAUUUUCUGCUCAAAAUCUUCUUGUCCUUGAAAUGCCGUACAGCCAAGUUGUGGGGCAACUUUGGAAUGAAGACCAGAGUCCUCCUGUGAACUUAAAAUGGAUCCGUCUCAGUGGAAGCCCACAUUUAACUGAAGUCCCAAAUCUCUCUCGAAGUCUAAAAAUUGAGCAUAUAGAAAUGAAUGACUGUCAAAGUUUGGUUGAAAUUCCUUCGUAUUUUCAACAUCUUGGCAAGCUUACUUAUCUUGACCUUGGGGGCUGCACAAAUCUCAAAAUUCUUCCCAAGAUGCCAUGUAAUCUUGAAGUCUUACUUUUAUCUGACACAGCAAUAGAGGAAUUGCCUUCAUCAGUUUGGUCUCACGAAAAAAUAUCUCGCUUAGAUAUUACAUCUUGUGAACAUCUUAAGAGUCUUCCAAGCAACACUUGUAAGCUGAAACUCUCUCUUAGUCUCGAAGGCUGCGAAUCUCUUUGCGAGUUUUGGGAGCUUCCCAGGGAUACAACAAAGCUACAGUUGAGUAGAUCAACAAUAAAAGAAUUGAGGAAUGCAUCAAUAGAGUCUGUCGUUGGUCUCAACACUGAAUUGUUGCGAAAGUCUUGUGAGUCUCCCAACGAACAUUUGGAAGUUGAAAUCUCUAAAGAGCCUUGA